CGCCACGCCUCGCCUCGCCUCGCCACGCCACGCCACGCCACGCCACGCCACGCCAGUCUGCCUGUCGCACAAGCGUACACGCGCGCGCCAGCAGGCAGACACUACAGCCCGAGGACAUGCAGACAGAGACGCAGAGCCACAGAGCCGAGACAGGCCGGCACACCGACAGCGAGAGGGCGUGCAGAGACCGGCCAAGCGCGAAGUCGCACGGGCGGACGUGCUGACUUGUUUCUUUUGCUUCAAACACGCGUGACGCAAAAGCAGCAGCUCGCCUCUUCGCCUCGCGCGUGCGACAGGCAGGCGCACAAUGAUCGCCUGAUCCGACCUCUACCUGCCGCUCUCUCUUGCGCACUCUGUCUCCCCACUUGGCGCUUUCUCUCGCCUCCUCGCCUGCCUCCACGCCCGAGCUCACGCUUGGCCUGUCCGUGCAAGUGUUGUGCUGCCCGUCUGUGCGCCCAUGUCUGUCUGUGUGUCCGCUUGUCUGUUCGUCGGAUUUGCUGUCUGCAGCGCCCGUCGCGGUUGUCUGUCCCUUUCGCCGCCUCCCUCUUCGCAUUCGUCUCAGCGCCGAGCUCGUUUGCGCCGUCGGCCUCUUCGUCGUCUUCAUCGAUCACUUGUUUGCCCGCCCGCCCGCUCGCUCGCUCGCCUGCCUGCUCGCCUGCUUGCUUGCUCGCUUAUUCAAUCGAUCCAUUCGCGUGCGGUCGCGCCAGACUGGCCGGCCAGCUCGCUCGGCUGAGUCGACGCCGCUGUUCAGGCCUCGACGCCCAGCCGGUCCGACGCCCAACGCGGCUCGGCUCUUGUCGGCUCGCACGACCAACCGCCCGUCCGCCCGUCCGCCCGCCGGAAGACCGGUAA